AUGGCCCUAAAUGUGAGACAAAGAACAUUAAUGGUAGAUCAAGAUCAACAAACCAACUUUAAGCACUUUUGCAGGGUUUGCAAGAAGGGAUUUAUGUGUGGGAGAGCUCUAGGAGGGCAUAUGAGAGCUCAUGGCAUCGGAGACGAGAGCGGUAACGUUGAUGAUGACGAUGACCCGGAAAGUGACUGGGAGGAGAGAGGGAAUGUGCCGGCGAACAAGCGAAUGUACGCGUUGAGGACAAACCCUAACCGGCUGAAGAGUUGUAGGGUCUGUGAGAAUUGUGGUAAGGAAUUCUUUUCUUGGAAAUCUUUCCUUGAGCAUAGAAAAUGUAACUCCGAGGAUGCUGAGGAUGCCGACGAGUCACUCAUGUUAUCGCCGCCACGAUCGGAUGGUGAGGAGCGGAGGGGGUGUAGGUGGUCUAAAAGGAAAAGGUCAUUUAGGGCUAAAGUGGGCAAUUUCAAUUCUACAUGUCAUUCUAGUGAGGAAGAAGAUAUGGCUGCAACUUGUCUUGUGAUGUUAUCCAACGCUAGGGUUGAUCCGGUGGCGGAUCAGGCGGAGGAGUCUUGCUCCUCCGCGAUCAAGGAGGAGGAGCGGCGGCACCACCACCACCACCACCACACGGCGACAUUCAUCGGUCCUCUCACAACCCAGGCACCUCUAGAAAAGGCCAAAGGGGUUGCAAAAGGAAUGUUUGAAUGCAAAGCUUGCAAGAAAGUAUUCAAUUCCCACCAAGCAUUGGGAGGACAUAGGGCUAGUCACAAGAAGGUUAAAGGCUGCUUUGCUGCCCGGCUCGAUGAACUCGCUGGAGAUGAAGAUGUGAGCACACAUGAAGAGUUUUUGCUCCUCCCAUCAAAACCCACAUCAAGUUUUGGGAUCCACCACCACAGCCCGGGCUCUCCGGUCCCCGGAGAAAUUUCCAAGAGGAAAUCAAAAGUUCAUGAAUGCUCAAUAUGUCAUAGAGUUUUCUCAUCAGGACAAGCUUUGGGAGGGCACAAGAGGUGUCAUUGGCUCACUUCGAAUUCUCCAGAGACCUCUUCGCUUGUUAGGUUUGAUCAACACAAUCAGAUACAACAAGGACCUAAGUUUAGCAAAUCUGACACACUGGAUCUCAAUCUUCCGGCCCUGGCAACCGACGAUCUCGCCGGAAUAAGGAGGGAUCCUAGAAACCCAUUGAGCUUUGAAGUGUCUACUGAAAUAAAUUUACAGUCAUGGGUUGAUGUUGAUGAAGAAGGAAAAAACUAUAAUAAUGAUCAUAACAAUGGUGAUGAUGAUGAUAACAAUAAGAAGAUUGAAAAUAAUAAGAAGAAGAAUAGUAGAAUGGAAAAUGUGGAUGACGAUGAAGCAGAUAGUAAGGUGAAGUUAGCAAAGCUGAGUGAGUUGAAGGAUAUGAACAUGAGUGGUAAUUCUUCUCCCUGGUUGCAGGUUGGGAUUGGUUCAACUAGUGGUGUGGGUGUUGAUUCUGCUGACCCAUAAACUCUUUCUUUUUUGUCUUUUUUCUUCUUUCUUUUUUUGACAUGUUUGUAAGAAACUGUAAUUAAACAUUCAUA